CCGCGUUGUCGAUUUAUUUCCAAACCAAUGCGAUUUUUCGAGAGGACCCACACGUUCCCGUACGACUGGGAGACGUGUACCUCAGCAUGGUGGACGAAAUACCCCAAUCCUGACCAGCCUCAUGUGAAGCAGGUUGACACUCUGUGCCGAGAGGUCGACCGCGACUCAGGAAAGCUCAGAGUUCGUCGAUUGUUUUACCUUGAGCACGAUCUACCUAGUUGGGUCAGGAUGAUGUACAAGAGGAAUAUGGAGGGCUAUGCCGUCGAGGACGUUGAGUGUGAUGUCCGCAACAAGAAGUUAGUGGCUAAAGGGUCUAACUACACCUUCAGCAGUUUCUUCCGAAUGCAAGAAACUAUCACCUACGAGCAGCAUCCGGAGAAUCCUGAGUGGACUCUCUAUCGGCAGCGGAUGAACUUCAGCGUCUCUGGACUUGGGGUCCUCUGCGGUCGGCUGGAACAAGCCGCUCGAGACAGUUCAGCUCAGAAGGCCCACAACGGUGUCACUGUCAUGAACAAACUCAUCGAACGGCUGCAUCUGACUGAUUGGAAGGCCGAUUUGGAUAGUUGGAGGCAGGAGGUCUCCAAAAUGACUGAUGAUGCUUUGGAGAAGGGCCGAAUCACCGCAGCGGAGGCAACAGAGAGGCUUAGACGAUUCCAGUCUGAGGCCAAAGGCCGCAUCCAGCGUGCUGAGUCAUCCUUCAUCAACAGAGUGGCCCGAGCCGCGGUCCACUGCGAGGCUAAUGGUGGCAAUGCCCUAGACGAUACCGCCCAAGACUGAUCCCGCUCGAAGUGCUCGUGUAGAGCCCACUAUCCCGUUUUCCCUAGGCUGUGCGGCGUCGACGCUGGCCUGUUUCCGCAUCCAAACGAAUCUUAGGUUCGAGCGUGUAUGAUACCAUUUAGGUCUCUUUUUUGCCACAUUUCGUCCUAUCUUAUCCUACACACCGUAG